UUUUUUUUUCGCGACGUAGGUGAACGACUACAUCAUUUUCUACUAAUGGCAAAGCAAUUGUACCUGCCUCUAACUUAGGUGAGUUUUUAACGUUUCAAAUUUUAAUGUUUUAUUUUUGUUAUUUGGAUUUGUUGCGCAAGUAAUAAGUAAAAAAAAAAAUUAUGUGAGUUCCUACUGUUUAUUCUUUGUCCCGGUUUGUUUGGUCAGGUCAGUUACAUUAUAAAUACUUUAAAAUAAACAACCAUUGAAAUGAAUUCACAUUAUUUUUAAUGUCCGCUAGUUUGAAAGUAUUUUUAACGUAACUGACCUGACCUAAUCAACCAUUUUAGUUCCUACUGUUCAGUGUUCAUCCUUUGUCACCGGUUUGUUUGGUCAGGUCAGUUACAUUAUAAAUAUUUUAAAACUAAACAGCCAUUAAAAUUAAUUCACAUUAUUUUUAAUGUCUGCUUAGUUUGAAAGUAUUAAUAAUGUAACUGACCUGACCUAAUCGACCAUUUUAUUAAUUACGCAUACACGAACACACGGCAAAAUAACAAAAAUGGCGUCGUUCCAAUGGUUGCACAGGUCUUGUAUUGCAAAAUUAAAAAAUUUGAUCUCUACUAAAGUAUUUGGAAUUUCUUAUCUCCGCCGGUUGUUUUGAAAAGAGGAAGUGAAAGAGCAUAUAAUAAAAGUAUUUUCGGAUUUUUAGCAUUUUUUUUCCGCAUAUACCGUUACUCUACAUAUUUACCCAAAUUAAGGUAGAAGAGGAAAAAGCACCAAACUAGUUUAUGUCACUAUGUAUACCUACAUUACAAGUAAUAUUUACCUACAAUAAUUUAACACCAACCCUUCACACGAAAAUACCAUUUAACAUUCACAUGGACUCAAGCAUGGUGGGGGAACCAGUUACCACAGAGACAAAUAAAAAAUUGUUAGAGACAUUUGAAAUUCUUGAAAAUAUCUGAAUGCGCCUCGACAAAAUCAUGUUAAAAAUAGAACAAGAAAUGAAUAAAUCCUUUAGAUUGGAGCCGUACAGUAGACAACUGUAUUCCCAUAAAAGAACAAAUGGUGGCAUCGUUAUUGCUGUGUAUCGUUAAGUACACUUAUCCCAGAAAUUUUCAGCUACUCUCAUACGAUCACUAUCAAUCGACAAACAAAGAUAAAAACUUAUUAAUACAUCCUAAAACAUAUACGCCUAUGUAGAGUCCAAAACAUUACUGGCGCAACAUAUUUUGUACCAAGUUACCAAUAUGUGCAUACCUCUUCGUAAGCCAAAACGACACUCAGUAGCUGAAGUCUUUGUUUCGGUUUUAACAGAAAAAAUAUAAAUAACUGCUGUCACAAUUUCAAAUGGAAACGAAAUGAUUUCUUAACCGUGAGUUUUUUUCUAGUCGUAUGAGAUAACGUUGAUAAAUAGCAGUGUACGUACUUCGUAAUCCAACAUAUACAGAAAAAGAACUACUUCUGACUGUCAGGAUGAAAAUUCAGUGACGAACGCAAAUAUUUCUUCUAAAGUAACAAGUGAUAACAGACUGUGCAUUGCAUAAUCUCAGAUAAUCUCUUAUUUACUCUGUGUUGAAGACGCAGAGUGAAUCUAGAGAGUGAACCAAGUACAUGCGUUUACAAAUCAUCUGUCCCAGAGUUUACAUAUCAGGUCGCGUGCGAGGAUGAGUCACACAAGCUCUGGGAGUGGGAAAGAUGCCGCCAUUGACUUCGUUGCAGGAUCCCUAGGUGGCGUGGCGCUGGUGUACGUGGGCCAGCCCCUCGACACAGUCAAGGUCAAGAUGCAGGCCUUCCCGCAGCUGUACCGGGGCAUGACCAGCUGCCUGCUGGAGACCCUGCGCACGGAGGGAGUGCUGCGCGGACUGUACGCGGGCACGCUGCCGGCCGUCGUCGCCAACGUGGCCGAGAACUCCGUGCUGUUCGCUGCCUAUGGCGCCUGCCAGAAGCUCAUGCUCUCCGUCUCACACGCCAAGGAGGUGGCAGAACUGAGCCCGCUGGCCAACGCCUCGGCUGGCUUCCUGGCUGCCUUCUUCUCGUCCUUCACGCUGUGUCCCACGGAGCUGAUCAAGUGUCAGCUGCAGGCGCAGCGCGAGACCUCGACUCAGCACGCGGUGCGGGUCGGGCCCUUCCAGCUGACCAGGAGGAUCCUGCAGCGGGAAGGAAUACCUGGGCUGUUCAGGGGCCUCACCUCCACGCUGGCGCGCGAGAUGCCCGGGUACUUCUUCUUCUUCGGUGGCUACGAGGCCACCCGCCAGCUGCUCACCCCGCACGGCAAAUCCAAGCAUGAGAUAGGAGCUAUUGCGACCAUGGCGUCCGGGGCAGUGGGAGGUAUGCUCUUCUGGACUGCGAUAUUCCCCGCGGACGUUGUCAAGUCUCGGAUACAAAUACAGCAUUGCGAGACAUCCCUGUUUUCCAUGAUUGUGAAUAUCUUCCGCACUGAAGGCAUAUUGGCGCUCUACAGUGGCUUGCAGCCCACGCUUGUGAGGACUAUCCCCGCCACGGCCAUGCUCUUCCUCGUCUACGAGUACUCCAAGAAGCUCUUACAUAAUGUGUUCGACUGACCGCAUUCUCAGGAGUGUUCGCCCGUAUUAACUCUAUGAGUUACCCUGUCCUCACAAUCCCUGUCCUCACAAUUGUAUGUUUCCUUUAUUAAAUAAUUUUUGUAAACA